GUAAGGAAAAUUAAGAGCACUGUUAGCGCUUUGCUCAGCUUCCGCACAUUGGGCCGAACUUCCCGAAUGGGAUUCGGUUUCGUAAGCAGAAAUUUUUCCUAGAGGUACAGGUCGUCCCCUCGCAGUCGUCGCCGCCUACUUUUGCGGCGAUACUCGGGCGUGCCAGCGAUCUGCCUCAACUUUCAAUUUCUAAACAUCAGCUGUGUUCCGAAAUUCCGUUACCCCUAACUACCAACACGUGGCCGCCAGCUGCUAUCGAUCCAACAACCUCGAAAACAAAACAGUGACCGACGCCAUGUCCUACCUGUGCCUUGGACCGAUUAGCGCGGGCAAAACCCUGCUGCUGACCUGUCUCCAAAAUCCGGACUCGGUCAACUUUACCUCCCACUCGGUGCCCAGCGUCGGAACGAACCUCUUCACCAUCAAGAUCCCCCCGGUCGUCAUCGACGAGAAGGACAUCAACGUGAAGCCUGCGCCACCGCCGCGGAAGCGUGACCUGGUGCAGGUCCGCGAGGUCGGUGGCUGCCUGGCCCCGCUGUGGCGCGACUAUUUGGCCAAACCCGUGGACAAGGUGAUUUACGUGGUGGACACGUCCAACCUGUGCCAGAUUUCCGCCGCCGGCGUCCUGCUGUACUCGAUGCUGGCCGAACCGCGACUCCAGAAGACCAAGUUUCUGCUGGUGCUGUCCAAGAUGGACCUGGCCUAUCGCCAGAUGCGGAACGAGGCGUUGCUGAUGCUGCAGAUGGAAAAGUUCCAGAAGCAGAUCCCGCAAGCCAUCACGAUCGUGCAGUUCAGCGCGAUCGACAAGGAGGGCAUCGACGAAAUCUACGAUUGGUUGGCGACCUAGGCAGCGAAAGUGUUGUUGUUCGAAAUAAAGUAGUUUUG